GGUGGCGGUCGCCUCCCGGCUGUGGCAGCGGCGGCGGCGUGCCUGCCUGGCCGCCGUCGGCGUACUCCUAGCCAUGGCACUGGGGCUCCUGAUCGCGGUGCCCCUGCUGCUGCAGGCAGCACCCCCGGGCGCCGCGCACUACGAGAUGCUGGGCACCUGCCGCAUGAUCUGUGACCCGUACAGCGUCGCUCCUGGAGGGGGCCCUGCGGGCGCCAAGGCUCCACCGCCGGGACCCAGCACCGCCGCCUUAGAAGUUAUGCAGGACCUCAGCGCCAACCCUCCACCUCCCUUUAUCCAGGGACCCAAGGGCGAUCCAGGGCGACCGGGCAAGCCAGGGCCUCGAGGCCCUCCUGGAGAGCCAGGUCCGCCUGGGCCCAGGGGUCCUCCCGGGGAGAAGGGAGACUCGGGGAGGCCGGGGCUGCCGGGGCUGCAGUUGACAACCAGCGCAGCUGGUGGCGUCGGAGUGGUGGGUGGUGGAGCCGGGGGUGGUGGUGACAUGGAGGGCGAAGUGACCAGCGCGCUGAGCGCUGCCUUCAGCGGUCCCAAGAUCGCCUUCUACGUGGGACUCAAGAGUCCCCACGAAGGCUACGAGGUGCUCAAGUUCGACGACGUGGUCACCAAUCUUGGCAAUCACUACGACCCCACCACCGGCAAGUUCAGCUGCCAGGUGCGCGGCAUCUACUUCUUCACUUACCACAUCCUCAUGCGCGGGGGCGACGGAACCAGCAUGUGGGCGGAUCUCUGCAAGAACGGGCAGGUGCGAGCCAGCGCCAUCGCCCAGGACGCGGAUCAGAAUUACGACUACGCCAGCAACAGUGUGGUACUGCACCUGGAUUCAGGCGAUGAGGUGUAUGUGAAGUUGGAUGGAGGGAAGGCUCACGGAGGCAACAACAACAAGUACAGCACAUUCUCGGGCUUUCUCCUGUAUCCCGAUUAGGAGCAUUGAGGGCGCGAGCUGGGGUGGCUUCAGGCCGCUCCAUCUCCACCCAGGGCGCGCACGUGGCUCUUUGGUGAGGGUCACUCUUUGACUUCAUGACACUUCCUGACAUCUCCGUUGAAAAAGACAUCCCUGCUGCCUUUCCCGUUUUGCCUCAGGCCUCAGUGUGUCUGUGAUUCACCGUUGCUGCGGGGAGGCUGUGUCCCUGGUUCCUGUGACCAACCCGGGGAGGGAGAGGAGACACCCGAGUAGGGAGCUGAGCGCGAACCCCAGCCCUCUGGGGUUGGUGAUGGGGCAGCCAGAACUCUGGAAAGCUGAUUGGACCGGACAGGCGGCCCUCUAGAACCUGAGUUCUCCUGGAGCUCCCCUUUCUCCAGGUGUCCCCAGGCCAAAGGUUCCGGACCCCACUGCUAGCUGGGGCCUCCCUUUUUGUGACCCGCAAUACUUGUGCAAAUUAUCCUGUCCACCAGCCAAAAUCCCUGAGCUGAAUUCCAGCAAACAGAAAAUUCACCUUGCCACACACAUCAAACUCCCUCGGAACUCAGACCCUCUG